UUACACACAAGUCAAACACACGAUAACUAAAACGAAGAUUAUUCGAAAAAUUGUGAUAGUAACGUUUUUUUAUUAUUAUUAUUUCCUAGUUGUUUUUGCAAUGAUUUGCGUAUCACGUCUGGUUGUAAUAAACUUGCCCAGUGUCUGGCCACCAACGAGAAGUACUCGUUCGGAAAAGAAGGAUGCCAAGGCUGGCUGCCAACAAUCUGGACUGAAGGAUUUCCAGCGACCUUUGCAGUUUCACACUAAAAGAGGCUACAUCAAGUGGUUUAGCAAGCUGAGUCGCUGCCAGAGAACUCGUAGCUUUUCGGGAAGAAUGCAGCCCAGAUUGUAGAAUCGAAUUAGUCCCGGAAUUAAAGCUGUUUUAGUUUUUGUUUGAA